AUGAUGCACUGCUUAGUGGUUAGUAUAAAAGACGGUGUCAUAUACGGAGACUCUGACCUCAUUAACCGCCCUAUUUCUUCAUUUUUUAGAAAUCGGAUAUCAUCGAAGUAUACGAGACAGCGCAUAGACGCGAGAAUGCAUAACACAAGAAAUCAUGAGGAAUCUACAUACACAGUACGGACCAAAAAAUGUGUUUCAAAGAAUGACAAUUCUCGCUGUUAUGAAAAGAAAGAGACGAUUACCAAUCCCCCCGUUAUUUAUUUCCCAGAUCUGGGUGUCACCAACAAUCAACUCAAAGGUGAUGAUGACAAUAUUAUACUGAAAUCUAUAUCAGGUGGUAUUGUUGAAUAUGCGGAUGCCGAUUCAUCAGAUGUGGGUAUUGAACCUCUAUACACAGUCGUGGAUAAUGUAAUACGUCCAGUUGUGAAUGCGAGCUCCCCCGAUGAUAAAAAGUCUGUUCUAAUUGAUAACUUAUAUAAACAUGAUUCCGUGUCGGUCGACUAUGUAAGUAAUCGAAAAUCGUGUAGAGAAAGAUCUUAUGACAGCGGCAUAAAGGUAGAGAUGAGGAAAGAAUUCUCCUUUGGAUAUUUAAAUAGCCGCGAUAAUGAAAUGGCCGGAUUAUUAAAUGAAGAGCCUGUUAGGCACCUUGUUGAACAUAUAGGAGGCCCAUUAAAUGGCGAAAAUCGCGUUAGAGGUUAUUCGAUAGAAGCGGGAGGACCGAGAAUUAAAAGAUCGGUGAGAGUUCACUUGCAAUCGAAUGAGGGUCAUGAGGAAAUAUUAACGUCCAAGACAGAUACCCGAUGUGCGAAAAUGCCGGAUUAUAGACGAGACGGAAGUACGAAGUUUUAUGAUGAUAAAAUCCCAAAUGUUGUUCAACAGGGAGCAGCAAAUGUCACACAUAUUGGUAAAUUUGAAGUACCACCGUAUGCAUUUGCACUAGAAAAGUUGAAGUCGCGAUUCGCAACGAGUAAAGAUCAAAACAACGAGAGCGAGACGAAUGAUACAGAAAAAGCUGACUUAACUAAAUUAACUCUGAAAUGGUUAAAGAGAUUGAUCUUUAAUUGGUGUAGGAGGCUGUAA